AGAAUAUUGAAACUGAUGAUAGUACUGUUUGCUAAUAGACUAAUACCAAUCUAGAUAAUACUUAACCAAAUCAACAUUUAUUCUAGAUUACUGCUUGGAACCUUCUGGCAUAAAGAGAGCUUCUCAAGGGUACUUAUGUCUUUUCAACAUGGUUGCUUUCGAGUGGAUAAUGUGAGAAAAGAAGAAAACCAUCUUUCUUCUCUUCUAACUCGCAACCUUAUCGAGUGAAGAAGAUUUUGUUAGUAGCGAAAAAUGGCGUCGAUUGCAGCUUCUUCUACCUUUCACUCGUUUUGCACAACCAAAAGCCCUAAUCUUUCUUCGACCCAUCUUCUCCCUUUGUCGAAAAACCUCAACUUUAAGACCAGAGCUAUCGGAAAUAGCCGAAAUUGCAGUUUUGCUGGGUUUAUGAAACAGAAUCGCCUUGGGUUAAUGAAGCUUUCGUCGGUUGGAGAAGGAGGAGAAGGUGUCGCAGUCGCAGAGGAGCAACCGCAAGAGACUGUCUCUGUUCCUGUCUCUCCUUCAGACAUGCUCACCAUGUUUUUUCAGGCUGAUGGAACUUUGAACGAAGCAGCUAUUCCUAAUGUGACAAGGGCCUUACAGGAUAUUGAUGGAGUUUCCAAUUUAAAGGUUCAGGUUUCUGAAGGUGUUGCCGUCGUUGAGCUUUCAAAGCAAACGACGGUUCAAGCAACAGGAGUGGCGUCAAGCUUGGUGGAGACUAUACAAGGAGCUGGAUUUAAGUUGCAGACUUUGAAUUUGAGCUUUGAAGAUGAAGAUGAAGUUCUUGUCUAGUUAAAUCAUCUUUCUCCUUCAUUUUGUGAUUAAAGAAACACAUAAUGUUCAAUUUUAGGGAUACUUUUUUCUUUUGUUCCUCUCAAGAAAACAAAUGUGGUAAA